AUGGAUCUCAUAUCACUUAAUCUUCUGGAUCAGCUGACCAUGAAGCACCAGUCUGAAAGACUACCAAUAUUAGCCUUGAAUGUAGUCAAUAACUCGGUCUACAAGUUCUCUGUGAUAAUAACACUUUCUGGGGGAAAGGUUUAUAAAACCCAUCCGAAUCAGAAUAUCUCUUUUGCAUCUCGAAAUGGGGACCAUGGAGAUGCUUCUCUGUAUUUUGAAUCACUUGUUGCUGCUGACAGUGGAAUCUAUUACUGCAAAGUGAAGACAGAGCAGGAUCUUCAUCAAGAAUCUUGGAAUUUAACUGUCCAAGGUGAAGAGCAGAAAUCGGAAGUUGAAGACAUCACCGUAGCUCCAAAUAGCAACACAACGUCUGCAAUGAACAGCACAGAAAGCUCAGAUUUGUCAAGUGACGAUGAUGCAUCCUCUUACAAGUGGAAGAUUGGAAUUCGCUUGGGUGUCACUGGAUUGGUCCUCUUCAUUAUAAUUUUAAUUAUAUGUUUGAUACUGAAAGUGAAAACCAAAUUCCGAAACAGGACAAUGGUGAAUGAUUCAGUUCAGACUAUGGAAUAUCAAGACAACAUCAUAUACUCCACAGUACAGAGCACUGAUCAGGAUAUUACAUACUUUGCAAUACAAUCAAUUGGUCAGGAUGCCUUGUACGCCACUCUGCAGGAAUACAAGGCGAUAGAGAAAUACGAUCAACCUGUUAUUCGCACUCCACGAUCUUGGUGCUUCACACAGAGUGCUGAUUCAGUACAAGACUUUUAGAUCUCCAGUCCGAACACUCACAAGUAUGUACCUUCCUGUGCUUUGCAGUUGAUGAUCACUACUCAGGCUCAGGCUGCACACUACUGGGCAGGGAACCUGGCACAACCCCUUUUGCUCAA